AUGGCCUCGGGUCCCGAUCAGACGCGGUCAGCGCUGAUUCUCUAUGGAUCCGAGACGGGGAAUGCGCAGGAAGUUGCAGAAGAAUUGGGCUCCCUGGCUGAGCGGUUGCACUUUGCGACACAAGUCUGCGAGUUGAACCAGUCAUCGCCAGACAUCCUUGCUUCCUUCACUGUCAUAAUCUUCGUCAUCUCCACCACUGGUCAAGGUGACUUACCGGCGAACUCGCGCAAGUUCUGGAAGUCGCUGCUGUUGAAGAAACUCCCGGCGACAUACCUUAGUGGGGUCAAUUUUACAAGCUUCGGAUUGGGGGAUAGCUCUUAUCCAAAGUUUAAUUGGGCAGUACGCAAGCUUUAUAAACGGCUGGUCCAAUUGGGUGCCAAUGAUAUCUAUCCAACUGGCGAGGCAGAUCAGCAACAUCCAGAAGGACUUGAAGGAACCUUUUUCCCAUGGGCGACAGACUUUCGAAAGCACCUACUGGGUCGACACCCUCUUGCGCCAGGAGAGCACCCGAUUCCGGAUGAUGUCCAACUACCACCGAAAUGGAUAUUGCGGCUGAAGGAUGACUCCUCAUGCCCUUCGGAGGCCAUCCCUCUCUCCGCAGUAGCUCAUCUAGACGAAUAUCCCGGGUUGACUGAUUUGGACAAUGACACCCGGCCUCUUCCCGACACAUUUACUUCGACUUUGACCGAGAACCGAAGAGUCACACCGAAGAAUCAUUGGCAAGAUGUUCGAAGGAUAUCUUUGACCAUUCCAGAGUCUGUCAACUACGUACCUGGUGACAUGAUCGCCAUAACCCCGAAAUCUUCUCCCAAGGACGCACAAGUACUCAUUGACUUGAUGGGAUGGCACGAGCAAGCCGAUAAACCAAUCUCUCUCGUCCCCACGGGAGAGUCAAACGCCGCUUCACCGAUCCCCGGUAUCGAGUCGUACCCAAGCCUAACCCUUCGCACCCUCCUCACCGAUUACCUCGACGUUCGAGGAAUACCCCGCCGCGGAUUUUUCUCCUCCGUCGCUCAUUACACAGAUAACGAGCUGCAUAAAGAAAGACUCCUGGAAUUUACAAACCCGGAAUACGUGGAUGAACUAUGGGAUUACACCACACGACCUCGACGGAGUAUCAUCGAAGUCCUGCAUGAGUUCGACUCUGUGAAAAUUCCCUGGCAACAUGCCGUCUCUGUUCUUCCUGUGAUGCGAGCACGACAGUUCAGCAUCGCCAGCGGUGGAGAGCGGAAGAGAACAGCGGACGGCAAGACACAGUUCGAGCUUCUCAUCGCUAUCGUGAAAUACCAAACCGUGAUCAAGCGUAUCCGCGAGGGCGUGUGCACCAAGUAUAUCUCCACCCUUCGACCUGGCAGCACACUUCGCAUCCAGCUACAACCAGGCGGUCUCAACUCCUCCCAACAGCAGCUAACAGCAUCAACUAUCUUGAUCGGCCCAGGAACAGGCAUUGCUCCGCUCCGCUCAAUGCUCUGGGAAAAGGCAGCGCUAGUCCAAGCCUUCCGCAACCAAAACCCAGGCGUACAGCCUCCAAUCGGGCCUACAGUCCUCCUCUACGGCGGUCGCAAUCGAACCUCGGACUUUUUCUUUGAAGAGGAAUGGGGGCAUUUAAGCACGCUGAUCCCGCUGCAGGUUCUCACGGCGUUUUCGCGGGAUCAGCCUCAAAAGGUCUAUGUACAAGAUACCGUACGCCAGAAUUUUGGACUUUUCUUUCGCCUUCUCCACGAUAUGCAAGGAUCGGUGUAUAUCUGUGGUUCGUCGGGGAAGAUGCCCCAGGCUGUGCGAGAGGCGCUCAUUGAAGCUUUCCAGAAUGGAGAUGGAGGGCCGGUACCGGGACCUUACAACCGGUCGCAGGCGGAGGAGUAUUUGAUUGGGAUGGAGAAGAGUGGGCGGUACAAACAGGAGACAUGGUGA